UUAGUAAAACAUUCCAGCCCACCUCUGGGAAUCUGCUGGCUCCUCCACACUCUCUCACUGAACUGCAGUCAAAAUUUUACAGGAACUAAAGAGACUGAGCUGACACAAAAUGAGAGGACUUGUUGUCUUGGUUACUUUGGCCUGCUUUGCCACCGCUCAGCACCAAGCACUGAUUGACUACUUGGAGCGGAGGCUGCUUGCUAUUGAGGACCGGAUCUCUCUCUGGCAUGAACAGACCACCCGCUACGCCUCAGAGCUGCGGGAGCUGAAGCAACAGAUGGUUUCCCAGCUGGAGAACAUGGAUAAGGAGAAAGAAGCACUGAGAAUGAAUCUGGACAGCGUGGGGACCCGGGUGGACCGGGUUGAGCGUGAGCUGGACUACCUGGAGACUCAGAACGGAGCUCAGCCGUGUGUUGAUGUGGACGACAAGCUGAUAGAGCAGCAGGUGACGCUGGUGAAGGAGAAGCAGAAGGCCAAGUAUUCAAAACUAUCAGACUGCAGUGACAUGAUCUCAAGCAUAAAAGCCAUGAAGAUCUUGAAGCGAGUUGGAGGGCCAAAGGGCAUGUGGACCAAAGACACCAGCAGGGGCUCUGGUAAGGUCUACAUUUUUAAUGGGACAGAUGAAGACACCAUCCAUGAGUUUCCCUCUGUGCAAGACUUCACCCGCUCGCUGGGCAUGUCUCUGUCCAAGAACCUGAAGCUGCCAUCUGCUUGGAGGGGAACAGGACACGUUGUCUACAACAAUCACGCAUACUAUAUAAAUAAGGUUGAAGAGAUGAUGGUAGUUAAAUAUGACAUGAAGAACAACUCUGUGACAGACAGCGCAGUGUUCCCAGUGCAGGACCAUGUUGCAGUGUACGGCCUGACCCCGGAGACAGUGAUGGACCUGGCUGUGGACGAGGAAGGCCUGUGGGCCAUUUAUGCCACACUGCAGAAUGAGAGGCACAUCUCUCUGGCUAAAAUGGACGCCAAGUCACUAGACAUUGAGCAAAUGUGGGACACAAACUGUCCGAGAGAGAACGCAGAGGCGGCAUUCAUCAUCUGUGGCACUUUGUAUGUGGUGUACAACACCCAGCAGCCUGGUCGCUCUCGUGUCCAGUGUGUCUUUGAUGUCAAUGACAUGGUGACCAACGAAGACGCACCACUGAUAUACUUUCCAAAGCGUUACGGAGCCCACUCCAGUCUGAAGUACAACCCACAGGAGCGGCUGCUCUACGCCUGGGAUGAUGGCUACCAGAUCCUGUACAAGCUUGUCAUGAAAAAGAAACUAGAAAUUUGAGCUAAAUAAUGCACUGCACCAUCCUCCCAAAACUUCCACAAACACACAUAAACCCCAAGCUUACUUUAACUGUGUAAUCCAGUGACCAUCAUUAUUUCAUUGUUGUAACAGUUUAAGUCCAGACUGAUUUGAAAAGUCUCAACAGUUACAUACACACUAAACAAAGAACUUUCCAGAGAACUUGAUUUUCAUACCAUACGGAAAUGAAGGGACAACAACGGAGGGUAGGAAAAAUACAUUCAAAAAUUGCAAACACUCCAACAUGGUAUGCAAAAUAGACAUCAGUGAUGUUAAGUAUUGAUUAUUUGUAGUAAAUCGGCUAAACAUGCAAUAUCACUGGUAUGGGCUUUAAGUCUGAAUCUCCAAAGCAUAAAAAGGUGCAAAAGUGCUGGAUUGUAGAAGUGAAUCUGUUUACUUUCACACACUUUCAGAUGUGAACGUUAGACAUAUUUCUCAAUUUUGAAAAGUAUUAUGUGAUUUCUUUUUCUGAGGCACAGUUUCUCAUUGCUGCCAAACACAUUUCUAAUCAGACUGCACUGCACUUCCAUUUUCACAUUCAUUUCUGUCUCUACUGGCGCAUCAACUUACUGUACUCACCUGUGAUCUCUUGUGCUACUGUCUGUUUAAGUUUCUAAAGGUGUUCCAAGGUAAGGUUAUUUUAGCACUUGUUUCUAUUUGUUCAUUCUACAAAUAUCAUACUUUCAAAUCAGUUAGAUUUUGCUGUCUGAAUACAUUUUGAUAACAUAAAUCUUGGUAGCAUUGCUGAAUGCAUAAAAGAGUUCAUGAAAGCACUCUUGUUUGCUGUUUAGUUUAAUUCAACCUUAGUCCCCCCCCUCCCGGUCAUGUGUGCCCUCCUGCAAUCAUUCACCCCCAGGGGAAGCCCCUGAAUUUGAGAAACAUUGAUUUAUGGGGAGUAAAAGACAAAGGUUACAGCAUCUAUAAUAAUUCAGUCUAAACAGAGGCUUUAGUGUUGCUGAACUAGUAAGUAUAUAACAUUUAUUAUAUUCUAUAAAACUCAAUGCUUAGUUCAAAAGAUUGCAUUACAAAUACACAUUUUCUUUAGUUAUGCCUCAAAUUUCAAACCAACAAAUGUCAUGAUCAAAAUAUCUAUGGUGUUGUCAUUUAUAAUGCAACCACAACAAUGUUGGUACCAUAGCAGGCGACCUCAGAGCUGCAAUAAAUAUAACUGGGAUAUUAGAAACAGCUAGCUGGCUAGCACUGUUAUGUUUCUCUGUUUAUGCAUUAUGUGUACCUUUCCCACAAGUCCAGCACAUACAUAUUUUGUGGUGGUUAUCUUUUUACUAAAUGAAAUCACCAAAAUUAACAAAAAGCACCACUAUUUGAAUUAUGCCUCUCAUAUAAUGCAAUUGUUUAGUAAUUUAUAUCUGAAUAUGACAUAUCCAUUUCUUACUGUUUGCUUAUAAUAUGCUCAUUUUCCCACAAUCAUCUAUUCCUAUUUCUGCCUCUAAUUUUUGUUCAUUAUGAAAAUAAAUGGCAAACUACACCGGUUAACUCGAGGAGUCUGUCUUUUUCUAUGUACAGAAUGUACAGAUAAAAACAUAUUAAAGCCACUAUGUGUAAGAGUUAAACAUUUUAGAUUUUGCGACCCCCAGUGGUAUCAUCAAAAAACACACUGUGGCAGACAGCAAUGCAUGCCUUUACUUUCUCUGUAAUUCUGAUUUUCUAUGCUAAAGUUCUGUCACUGUACAUCUUGAUUUCACCCUUGUUUCUUGAAGGUGAACUGUAUUGACUGACGUCUAAAUAUGGCGCAACUAAUAAAGACUAAUUUAGUUGGAA